CCAGAAAGUACAAGGGACUUCGUUGACAAAACCUGCCCAUGUGCAUCACACACUGCCCAACACAUGAAAAAGGCCAAUUGCAUAGUGACAUAGAAGGCCUUUCCAGGAGUCCAAGAUUACUUCACUAGUCUUCAUCUCUCACAUCUCUUUAUCUUUAACACACAAAUAAAAAAUGGAAGCAGAGAAUCAGUACAAGAAAGGGCUAUGGACAGAAGAGGAGGACCAGAUUCUACUAGAACACAUAAGGGUGCAUGGGAGAGGAAAGUGGAACCGCAUACCUAAAGUGACAGGUUUAAAAAGAUGUGGGAAAAGCUGUAGGUUAAGGUGGCUUAAUUACCUGAGCCCCAAUGUGAAACGAGGUGGUUUUUCAGAGGAAGAAGAAGAUCUCAUUAUUAGACUCCAUAAUCUCCUUGGAAACAGGUGGUCACUAAUUGCGGGUCGAGUGCCAGGUAGAACUGACAACCAAGUAAAGAAUCACUGGAACACUCAUUUGUGCAAAAAGCUAGGCCUCAAAAAGCAAAAUAGAAAAGUUGUGGGUACCUCCAAAAAACAUUUUACUCAGCUGGAACAGACUAAUAACACACUUUCCAGCAACAGUGAUGCCAAAGCUAUGGAAGUAAGUCAAAAUGAAAACCCUUUAUUGGUUGCUGAUGGUGAGGCAUCUAAUGGAGAAGCACAAUGGAUGAGCAAUCAUUUUGCAGAAUCAUUGCCUUUAUUUCAGGAAGAUAGUCCAGGCUUACUAGAUUUUCUAGAUGAUUACCAUUUUGACUUAGCAUGGCAAAGCUUCUGACUUUCUUACCUCCUUUAAUUAACUAAUAAAUAAUAUUUCUUUGUCAUGAGUCAUUCAAUUAUAUUACAUCAUGUCAAGGUGACGAGUUCUUUA